AUGGCCGCGGAUCAAGAUUUCUCGCUUCGCCCAUCUACUUCAGAUGGGCACCCCGACAUGUGGACCAAGUUCGGCGAUUCUUUUCUUUACGAGGACGGGACGACCACUCCAGAAGGGCUCAUGAACAUGAGUCAAUCACCGCGUCUAUCGGAGUUCUCCUUUGGGAUUCCGGACAUGGAGACAUCGCGCACAGCGAGCCCAGCGACCCUUUUGGCGAACACCAGUGAGGAGGAUGUAUCGCAAGAUCAUCCUAUACUAGAGCACCACAGAUCUCCAACACCCAGCCAAAGUUUAGCAGAGGAAUUCAAUGAGGCCAAAGCGGUGCCAGCAUCCAGCAACAUAAUUGUUGACCUACCACAGUCAACCUUGAUACACCCACGGUCAGCAUACUCCGGCUUCAUUCCGAGGGCACCUUAUGCGAGAGAGCACGAGGCUGUCUCUGCGCUGCUCGAUGUUCUGGACAACAAGGUGGAAGAUUUCAUCGAGAUCGGUCUGACAGAUUUCACCAUCUACCUUGAUAGUGCGAUCUACCCAAUUGAGUUACGGCCUCUCAACCAGCUCGCCACACGUGCAGCAGGCGAUGAGUUCUACUUUGACGGUAUUCUCCACCAUGGCCAUCAGAAAUAUUUUGUCAAGAAAAUCCCCUUUCGCGAGCUGCCCAUUGGUAACUAUUGCGACAGCCAGGAACACUCUGUCAACGAUCAAAUCUGGAUCCGAUCUGUGCACAAUCGAAAGAAAGAGGUCUACUAUAAGCUGGAAAAGCCAUCGCCAGAAUACGAGAGAUACUGGGUACCAUUUCUUUGGGUCGUGGAUCUAGCGAAGCAUGUUGUUGAUUACUGCUUGCAUCUCCAACAAAAGAGGCAAAAGGCUAGUCUUCAUGACUUUGGCUCCGAUUUUGCUGCCUUUAUCAACACCAGGCAUUCCCACUCAGAAGCCUUUCAAAGAUGGUACGCAAUGCAUGGGUCUGCUGACUUUCGUACUGCAGUGGCUGCAAAUAUUGACUUCAUCUGGAAAGAAGCACUUGGCUUGCCACAUCCAGAGCGUAAAAUCGCUAGUUGGCACAUUUUCUGGCAUGAAGUCAGGGGAAAUUACUAUACACCAAUCAAACCUUUACCUGGCAACAAUGUCACAACGAUCCCAAAGACGAUUGUCACUCCUUACGUUUUCGACCUUUUCAGCCAUAUGGGCUUCGAUACCAUAAUGAAGGCAGCAACAACAAGCCAUGACGUCCAAAGGGAUCAUAUCCGUCAGGUCAAAGCCACAGAUGGCAACAGACUUGUGUUGCACCAAGGGCAAAAUAGGUUCAGAGGCCGCAAGGAUUUUCUGGCGAGUAUCGAGGUCGGCAAUGUCAUUUCAACCCCACCCGAUGACCGCAGUACGGGAACCAAAUGGAAGAGAGAGACUUCAAAGCACCAUGGACCAGAUUAUGUAUGGUAUGGCAUGGUUCAAAAGGUACAUGUCUCCAAGACCGGCCAUAGAUCCUAUGAUGUGAUCUGGAUGUACCAGUCCAGGGAUACCCCCUGUGCCUUGAUGAAAUAUCCUUGGUCAAACGAGUUAUUUCUAUCAGACACAUGUACGUGUGAGACCGCUCGCAUCGACGAAGAUGACGUGUUAGCUACCCAUCGCGUGGCUUGGUUUGGUGACCCUGCCUCGACCGCCACCAACGAACUAUUUGUGAGGCAGACGUAUCUAGCAGCAGAGAGAUGCUGGGUUGCACUAUCAAAGGACCACCUAGUGUGCAAUCAUCAGAAAAAGGGCAGACAUCGAAGCUCGCAGACAAGGUACAGUCGCGGAGACACAGUUCUUGUGAAGCUUCCAAAGUCUGCUCGCUUAGAGCCCUUCAUCAUCGAAAGGCUAUAUAAGGAAGGAGAAAAGAGAUGGGCCAGACUUCGCACACUUCUUCGGCGCCAAGAAAUGGGACAGCGAGAAAGUUAUCCACCAAACGAACUCGUCUACUCUGAUCAGCUCGUCGAGAUCGAUUCUAAGCGGAUUGUCCGACACUGCUUGGUCAGAGCAUUCCUUCCUAGCGAUUCAAUCCCUUCCCCGUACAGCCGAGGAGGAACCGGAGAUGCAUUCUAUUUCACAACCCGGCAGCUUGAUGGUGAUUUUGAUGAACUUGAAGCCUUGGAUGACACACAUUUAUUGGAGUUUAGGCAAGGUUUUCUUCCUGAAGAUAUUGUCACAACACAAAAGCUUUGUGGUUUGGAUUUGUUUUGUGGAGGCGGAAAUUUCGGUCGGGGCAUCGAGGAUGGCGGUGGCGUUGAAAUGAAGUGGGCGAAUGACAUAUCUCCCAACGCUAUACACUCGUAUAUGGCCAAUUGUGCGCCAGGCACGUGCAAACCAUUUCUGGGCUCGAUUGAUGAUCUUCUUGACCGAGCUCUUGCCGGAGAUCCGGAAGUGCCGCGCCCAGGAGAUAUUGGCCUCAUUUCUGGCGGCUCGCCAUGCCAAGGCUUCUCUCGGCUGACCUCAGCAAGUGGCCAGAAGAGUAUGAAGCAGUGGAAGAACCGGUCGCUAGUGGCGUCUUUCGCAUCAUUCGUUGAUCACUUUAGGCCGCAGUUUGGGCUUCUUGAGAAUGUUUCUUCCAUGAUCAAGACGGGCGACAAGCGAGACGAGUGUUUCUUUUCUCAACUUGUUUGCUGUAUCGUCGGCCUUGGCUAUCAGGUUCGAAUCAUAUAUGCCGAUGCAUGGUCUUACGGAGCGCCGCAAUCAAGAUCCCGUGUGUUCCUCAUUUUUGCUGCUCUGGGAGUAAAAAUGCCCAAGGCCCCUCCAGCGACUCAUUCUCAUCCUCCUGGUACGAAAAUUGGAACUUUGGGCAAGAUGUCAAACGAGCAACCAUUUGGCGAGAGAGUUCACGCGCCAACGCCGUUCGAAUUCAUCAGUGCUUCAGCGGCUACUCAAGAUUUGCCCAACAUUCAGGAUGGGAAAGUCGGUAUCUGCGUUCCAUUCCCUGAUCACCGAGUCUCGGUGGGCGUCACUACACGGACCAGAGUCCAAUUCCGUUAUAUUCCCAUGCGUCCCUUUGGCAUGGGUUACGAUAAAGCCCGAUACGGCUAUUAUGAAAAAGGAAAGCAUGCCCCAGGCACCAUAUCAAAUGAGACUCGCGACAGCUUCUUCCCUAAACCAACAGAGUUUCGUCUACAGCCAGGAACCAAGGGCUGGAGUCGGGUUCAUCCCCAUGGGUUGUUCCGAACUGUUGUAACCGCAUGUGGACCGACAGACCGCCACGUGGGUCAAGUCAGUCACUGGUCACAGGACCGUCCCUUGUCUGUGAUGGAGGUUCGUAGGGCUCAAGGCUUCUUAGACCACGAAGUGAUUACGGGUACGCCUCGCCAACAGUGGUACAUUGUUGGCAACAGUGUAGCACGGCAAGUUGCUCUCGCUCUAGGUCUAGCCAUUCGAGAGGCUUGGUUCGGUUCCCUAUUCGAUAACAGCUCAGCAGCCGAUGAAGUUGAGGUAAACGACGUACCCGACAUUAUUGAAAUGUUUCCAGAGACAGAGACACAGUUGCCGGCUCACCAAGAAUUACCGGAUAGCGCAGAGACUUCGAGCAGAACAAGACUCGAUAUAUUCUCGGAUGCGAAUGAAGAUUGCAUUUCAACUUCCGGCACGGGCAUUGACGAUAUAGUCGUCCACCAUUCAGUAAUUGUUGAGUUGAAUGGGCGAAAACGGGACAGUAGGAGCGGAGUUUCGGGGAAAAGAUUUGCUAAAAGACUGCGUUUUAAUUCUGAUGCCGCAUAG